AUGGGCGUCUACCUCUCCACCACGGCCUACUCGCCCCUGGCCCUGACCUCCGUCAUCAUAGGCUUCAUCUCCUUCGUCUUCACCCUCGGCACCUUCUUCAAAGUCGUCUGGAUCAACCUGGAAACGAUGAGCGAAGCAGCACACGACGUCCACGCCUACCUCACCGCGCUGCGAACGGAACUGCUGGAAGAGAAAGCCAGCAUCCGCACGAUGCGCAAGCAGAGCAAGCGAUUCUACCGGCAAGUCAAGCAGGAAGGGACGACGGAGAAUUUGCUGGGGAUCGAAUUGGAUGAGGUGACGUUGAAGACGAUGAAUGAUGGGAUUAAAGCUUUGAUGAGGAAGUUUCGGGAUCUGGAACGGCCGUUUUUGAUGCCUGGGACGGAGGGCAUUGAUGGGUGGAAGGAUUUGAGGAGGAGGCGGAGGGGGGCGAAGAGGAGGGAUACGGAGGAGAGUGUUUCGCCUUACUAUGAGCAUUCGGCGUACGCGUCGCCUCCGGAGAAGGAAAAAGAGAAGGAGAAGGAAAGAGAGAAAGGGAGGAGGGCGCGGAGUCGCUCGCAGCCUCGCGGGCGGGAUCUGGGGUUAGAGGGGGAUGAAGACGACGUCUUCUGGGCGCAGAGGACGCAAUAUCGGCCUUUUGACCUGAAGCGGCGGUUGAUCUGGUUGGGCAAGAAAUCCGAAGCGCAGUCGCUGUUUGAGACGCUGAGUCGGGUUCAGAUCCGGCGGAUCGCGAGGCAGGUGGGUGGGAUGAGCAUGUUGAUGCAUGAGUAUGGGCAGAAGACGUGUCGUGUGGAGCAUUUGAUGGAGAGGGUGGAUGAGAGGAUGAAUCGGAUUGUGGGCGUGCGGCGCGUGGAGUGA